UUUGAAACGUUGGAAUAGAUGACUGUGGACGUCUGGACGAGGCUGAGGAGCAGAUCUGCUUUCAAGAGGUCAGCACGAGGAGCUGCCGAGCUGUCAGCUCUUAAACCUGGAGGGUUCUGAACACACUUAAGAUAUUUCCAACAUGGAAGUUGAGGAGCUCCAAUCAGACAUCCAGAGUGACCUCCAGCCUGCAGCUAUGGGUGCAGCCGAUUUGGAGGUUCUGAUGGCCAUGAAUAAUCACUGGAAAACAAGGACUUUUGGGUUCCAAAACUUCAGACCCCUGACCCCAUCCUCAGACUGCUCAGCGGAAGAGUCUGCCCCUCCAGAGUCCAAUGUUGUAAAGGAAUCCCCUUUGUGUAUGACACCUCCAUACAGCCCACCCCACUGCGAGGGCACACAUCAACCCUCGGAACGUCUGACUUGGCAGCCAGCAGAAGAUGCUAAUCUGGUCGCAGACACUGCUGCUUCUCAGCAGAGGUUCCAAUGUACCAGUGUGAUCCGUCACACGGCAGAUGGUCAGCACUGCUGCUGCCAAAUCCAUCCUGACACUGAAGUUCAUACUAAGGACUUCAAAAGAGAUUUGAACUUUGAAGAUGGGCUGUACACCAGACACUCAGAGAAGAUUAUUGUAAUGCAGUUUGACUCACCUCAGAAGCCUCUAACUGUGACUUACCUGGAAGUGGGGAAGGAAAACCAGACCCAGAAGAGCCUUUCAGGCCCAGCUGAUAAAUUCAACAUACCUCAGCGUGUCUCUCCUGUACCUGUCUACAGUCAAAUUCUCCCUGUCUCUUCUCUGGCCACCACUGUUGUGCAGAAGCCUAUCACAGCUUUUGAGAGUCAGAUGCAACACCAACUACUAACACAACAACACACACUACAGAAGCCAAAACCCCACACUGGUUCUUCUGCCCAGGCCUUUGUACUUGGGGGUCAGGUUGCACAAGGCCCCCUAAUGCUCCUUGUCCCUCAGCUGGUCGUUUCUGCUCUGUACAUUCAGCCAGCGCUGGUGACACCUGGUGGCAACAAGUUACCUGCCAUCGCGCCUGCACCUCGUUGUACGUUGCUGCAGCAACAACAAAACCCACUGCAGCCAGAGGUGUCCCGUGUACGAAGUUAUGCAUGUUCGCAUGAGGAGUGCAGCAAGACCUACUUCAAGAGCUCCCACCUCAAGGCCCACAUAAGGACGCACACAGGUGAGAAGCCCUUUAAAUGCAAAUGGCAGGACUGUGAGAGGCGAUUCGCUCGCUCUGAUGAGCUGUCCCGCCACUGCCACCGCCACACUGGAGAGAAGAAGUUUGUCUGCCCCAUGUGCCUCAACUGCUUCAUGCGGAGUGACCACCUGGCCAAGCAUGCCCGGAGACACCUAGCAGCGAAGAAGAUGCCUUGCUGGAGGUUAGGGGUCACCCAGGCUUCUGGCCUGCCUGCUCCUAAUGAAGCCAACGACUGAGGAAUUACACUGAAAGAAUCAAAUGUAAAUA